AUGGAGAGGCACAUGGUCACAGGUCCUGUGUAUAAGCACUUUGAUUUGGAGAGGAAGAACGCCAGGUGGGCCGAAGCCAGACUCAGCCAAAGACUGCAGGGACUGGAGCACAUCUGCCUGUACCAUAUGAAGCUGCUGACCCGGGAGCAGAGACAGCUCCAGAAAGAACUGCAGAGGUUGCAACAAGAUAUUAUCAAGAAAAAGCUCUCCUCUUAUUUGGGGAGUGGAAUUCAGAAGAGACCAGAAGAUGUCCUUGAGCCCUCACCACCAGGAGGACAGAAGCACCGAGUUCCGCAGGCAAAUAAAGUUAGAGCACUGGCCACCAACUCAACCCAAGGAAUAUAUAAAAUCAAGUCCCAGAUGCCUCCUUUCGAUCACGCUGGCCUAAGGGACUCCGUGAAAAGCACGGAACAGUCACUCUCUCAAAAUUACAAAGCUUCCCACUUCACAGCAGAGAAGCCACAAGCCCGAGAGAAAGAUUGUCUAAGACCCCCAAAGGGCAAAGACUCCAACAAGGGCAUCUCUAUUCUGUGUCAAGAUCAAGAUGUCUCUAUCAACAUCCUAGACCAAUGCCCUGGUUCCAGCCCAGCUGGUGGGAGGGGAAAAGCACACACUGAUGAGGCCAGAUCACAGGAUGCCAACCUAAAGCCAGACCCCAAUGCUGGCAGACAAAGUCCCCUGAAUCCCAGGGAAUGUGCAGGAAAUUUGAAACACGAGUCCAUAACACCUACCUUCCUAGAGCUGUUUGUGAAGGUCAGAAAUGCCCACUACCUCCAGCACAGGGUUCCCCCUGAGUCUGAGAGGUUGCUUAGUAUUGGGGAGAUAUUCGGGCACAAGGAGUCCUUCCAGCCCAGAGGAGGACAGGAGUAUGAGAACAGGGCGGGCUUCCUUCGUCUCUAA